UUAAUAGGCUACUACUUGACAAGGCGGUAUUAACUUGACUGUUCACGAUCACUGAGGUGAAUCAGGACGCAGCGUUAGCCGACCGCGACCGGCAGGCGCAAAAGGCAGGCGUGUGUGUGACAGUUCAGUGGCUUCAUACUUUAAGAUUAGUGUUGACGAACGUUACCUAAAAUUAAAACAACUGUAGAAUGUUAUACGAUAUGGAAACAGAAAACUGUACAUGCAGCUGUAGCCAGGAAGAAAAAUGAACAUAUUUUAUCAGGUUAUUCCACAAUCAAAUCAUGGACAACAGUUUUGUUGAGCGAGUACUGGGAUUAGAAGGGGAACAGAUUAACGCCAUCUUUAAUACUUUCUUCAAGGAGAUCUCCGCCUUGACCAGUGUGAUGGAGUAUCCUUACAUUUUUCUUAUCUAUUGUGUCUGGACCCUCCGUGAGGCAGGGAGUAAUGUCAACACCGAGAGCCUGAUGGACUGCGCAGAGAAGCUGCUCAGUGAUGUAGGCGAGAGGUGUUUGGGCUUACUUCUGCAAUCGGAUGUAGAGAAUGGUUUAAAAAUGAAAGCGAGAAAUUUUCAAACUCGGGAGGUAACUCUAAGUAACGAGGCGAGAGUGAGUGAUAAUGUUUCAAGUGUUUCUGAUAAACAAACGUCAGCGUCGAGUAGGGAGGAUGGCCAGAAGGGAAGUAGUAGAGCUGUGGCUGGUCAACAUGGAAGAGAUGAGGUUGAUGGAUUUCUGACGUCAGGGGAUGUAGAUUUUACUGCGUUGAGUGGUGCAGCGUUAGAUUACAGCGAGAUAUCCGCUCAGGCGAGUGGGGACGAUACAACAACAGAACAUACAGGAGCCUGGGCUUUAGCAAGUGUUGGAAGUUCGUUAGCGACUGUGAACACUUCAGUAGACCAAGAUACAAGGAUAACGAGGAGAGAUAGAAAUAAUUUUUCUCGAGUUGAGGAACACCUCAUGGCCGUGAAGAAUGAAAAUACAAUUCUGGAAGGAGAGAGGAAGUGCUUGCAGUGUAGAAGGAGUCCCCGGGGGGUGACGUUCUUGCCCUGUGGUCACUUCACCACGUGCAGGGAAUGUUCUGUCCCCAUGUAUGUCUGCUCGUUGUGUAACAAAAAUAUUUUAGCGACCGUUGAUACGUAUUUAAGUUGAAGAAUAAAA